CAACGGGACGGAAAUAGAGCAAAGAAAGAAAAGAGUGGAGGCCUUUUCUUUCUCCACCAUCGUCACCGCCCUCCUCCGCCAUUCUUGUUGCCGCCGAAAUGGGCGGCGAUCCUCCCCGCGACCGUACGUUGGACCUCCCCGACGACUGCCUCGCGAUCGUAUUCCAUCUCCUCGGAGCUGGCGACCGCAAAAGCUGUUCCCUCGUCUGUCGCCGCUGGCUCGAGGUCGAGGCUCACAGCCGCCGCAGGCUUGCCCUCGAUGCCCGCUCCUCCCUCAUCGAAGCUCUUCCCUCUCUUAUCGACCGCUUCGAUGCCGUCUCCAGCCUCUCCCUUCGCUGCGACCGCCGAUCCGACAGCAUCGGCGAUGACGCCCUCGAACUCAUCGCCCGCAGCUGGCCUUCCCUUACCCGGAUCAAGCUGCGAGCUUGUCGACGCGUCACGGAUCUCGGUAUGGAUGUCCUCGCCGACGGCUGCCCUUCCCUCCGCCGCCUCUCUUGCGCUUCCUGCUCCUUCGGAGCCGCCGGCCUCGACGCGAUCCUCCAGGGCUGUCCCCGCCUCGAAGAUCUAUCAAUCAAGCGCUUGCGAGGCCUAUCCAACCCUCCACACCAGGUUGUCCGCCUCGCAGUCGCCUCAUCUGCCCUUCGCUCCAUCUGCCUCAAGGAACUCUACAACGGUCAGUGCUUUGACCCGCUCAUCGCCGGCUCCCCCAACCUCAGAAUCCUCAAAAUCAUCCGAUGCACCGGCGUAUGGGAUUCCCUCCUCGAGGUGAUUGCCGUAAAGGUUCCACAUAUCGCUGAGAUCCACCUCGAGAAGAUCCAGGUCAGCGACCAAGGCCUUUUUGCCCUCUCCUCCUGCCUGGGCCUGGAGGUUCUCCGCCUCGUCAAAACCCCUGAAUGCACCGACGCCGGUGUCAUCGCCAUUGCCAACAAGUGCCGUCACCUACGCAAGAUCCACAUUGAUGGCUGGAGGAUGAAUCGGAUCGGAGAUUACGGCCUCAUGGCCAUCGCCAAAGGCUGCCCUGAGCUGCAGGAGCUCGUCCUGAUUGGGGUUAACCCGACACUACAGAGCGUGGAGCUCAUUGCGAGCAGCUGCCGUGAUCUUGAGCGCCUCGCGCUAUGUGGUUGUGAAACCAUUGGCGACGCUGAGGUUGCUUGUAUUGCCACCAAGUGCACAGCCAUGAGGAAGCUUUGCAUCAAAGGCUGCCCGGUGACAGACUGUGGAUUGGAGGCCCUUGCCGAGGGGUGCCCCAAUUUGAUAAAGAUUAAACUGAAGAGGUGCAACGGAGUGACGCGCGAGGGCUUGGAUUGGUUAUUGGCAGCCCGGGGAGCACCGUUUGUUGUCAUCUGGGACGCAAUUGAGUUGCAGGAACCGGAUGCGAGCACGAGCGAGAACGGGAUGCCGGAAAGUGUGAAUGAGGAAGCUUCUUCUCUCACAGAACAAAUCAUGACAUUGGAUCUUCCUUCAAGCAGUAAUGAUAGAUCUUCACUGAUAAAGUCAAGAAUGAGGAGCAUCUUAGCAUCUGCCGUCCGAAAUUUGUCAAGUGCAGGUGAUGAUUCUCAUCUUCGUGAAGCUGGAGUAUAGUGAAGCUGGAGUAUAAUUUGUUGUUUGUGAACCUUCUCUGAUGAAGUCAACAAUGAGGAGCCUUUAACAUCCGCUGCCCUGAAAUGGCCAAGUGCAAAGUAUAAUUUGUUUUUUAUGCUGUUCUAUGGUAUGUAUUCUGCUUAAACUACUUGCUGCUAAUGUUUAUAUGUACAUAUUUCUGCUCUAAUGAUUUAUAAGCACAUUCUGUUAAAAGUUUAUACUGUCAUGAGUUCAGUUCCCUCAAUAUGCAUUUACCAAGAA